UAAAACAAUUAUGGCGCUUGUCAUCAUCAUCUGUUUCCGUUUCUCUUCAUUCUGUUGGAAGGAGGAGUAUCCGAACAAAAUGUUUAAGCGGCGCUCAUUUUGUUUCGUGCGGAUGACAAUUUUAUUCAACGGCGACGCGCUCGUACUUUUAGCUUCAGAACACCAAGCUCCACCCCAGUGCAUGCUACCUUCAUCUCCACCAAAGGGUGGAGAACAUGGAAGGAGUUACUGCUGUGAGGAGCUUGCGAUGACACAUGCCGUGACGUCACUACAAUCAGACCGCCCUAGUGAUCGCUGAGGCUUGGUUACGUUGCUGUCAGCGCUGUACCCAAAGCUGCGUUUUACGUGAUUAUUGAAGAGACUGCGUUGUAUUAAUUUGGAAAAUAUAUUUAUUGAUACACACCAUCAACUUAGGACGGUAAGAUUAGCUGUAAAUACUUCUUCUUUUUUUCAAGAAACAGACCACGAGCCCUUGAUUAAAAUAUGCUAUUGAAAACAACAUCUGCAUCAUUAAUGCAAUUAUUAAUCAUAAAGAAGGUCUUUUUAUAACUAUAUAUUGACAUGGAAGAUUGUUUAUAUUAUGUAUUAUUAAACAACGAAAGAUUAGCCACAGAACCUUUAACCUCUGGUAUACCGUUAUAUUUUGUUAAUGUAAACUAUUCUUCAAAUACUUUAUCUGUUGUAAACAUCGUCAACAACAUUCGAAUAUUUAGAGGGUUAAAACAGUAUGUUGUUAUUUUUGUUUAUUUUAUUAAUUCUAUAAUUUAUGUGUCUCCUUUUCAGAUGGGUCGGUUGCUACGCAAGAUAGCAGUGAGAGCCGGGACACAGGUUCUGUCUCCCAUACCGGAGUUGCCCGAAGGGUCUCGAUCUCCUACACCAGUGAAUGAUGCUUUCAACACAAGUCCAAAGAGGCCAGAAAGCCCAAAACUCAGCGAAGAGGAAUGCUUCAUGAAGCACCUUCAGAGUCUCGCUGCGGACUACAAAAAGGAGAUGGAACAGGUAGGAAGACAACUCCGUGUGAUGCAGAGAAGAAACGCCCGGAUUGAGAAGAACGCCGAAUUCUACCACGUAGAGUACGACAACUACAAGCGGAACUGGGACAAAAACCAGGAGAAGAUUCUGGGACUGAAGACGCGUCUGGACAAAUACAAGCCACUGAAGAAGGUCAUUGACAGGUUGCAUUCCCUCCAAGAUAAAAACAAGCGACUGAGGGCCUCUUAUUUCCAGACUGUUCUGGACAACAAUUUUCUGAGGAAAACCUGGAAGAACAUGGAAGGGGGAGAGAUUGAGGAUGAAGAAUUUCCGGAUGUUGAGAACAUGAGAGAGGCAAUAGCUCCAAGACCUCCCACAGCUCCCGACAAUGGCCGGGCGGGAUCAGCCAGACGACGCCCAUACACUGGCAGGUCCAGGGCGGAUCGGCCUCAUCUGCCGCCUAUCACAGAGAACAACAAAACGGUCACACCUCACAAGCAGACGACAGUUGAAUCACAUGAGAAGAAACAAAGCAAAUCUCCGGUUCAUCUGCCACAACUCGGGACAAUGGUCCCCACUCCUCCAACAUGUCCACGGAGAAAUGCUCCCAGCAGACGACAGAGCAGAAUUCCACUGGCCUUACCACCAAUCCGUGGUGCGACUUCUGUGGAUAGUCUUCGGCUUCCCCGCCAGGGUGUGCAGGAUAUUGGUCGCAAGUCUCGGGAUCUGCAGGGGACAAGGGUGUCUCGUGAUUAAAGAUGGAUCGGACUAGUAAACAUGGAUGGAUGACUUUAUAAUAUACAUUUCCUAAAUAGAUAUCGGACAUCUGUUGUCUUCAUUAAUUUUCUGAAAUGAGGUUUUAGCACACUAAAUUCUCAAGAUUAAUGUAAAAAUCCCAAUUUACAUUUCCAUCCAUCCUCUAUACACCCACCCCCAUCGUUCUGCCAACUAUCAGGGCUGCUAUUGCUCUCGGGGAUUAAAUGACUACCUACAAUAUGAUAAUCCCCCAUCUCUCCCCAACCAGAUGCCAACAUCAAAGUGUUGUCUGCUCAGUGCUCACAAAAAGAAUGAAUUAUCCCCCCCCGCUUGGAUCUUACUCCGGCCUUUCCUGCUUGUUGAUUAUGAAAGCUAUCAGUAAAGUCUGAGAUUACUUGAUUGCUCAAAUGAGCAUACAGUUUACCAAUGGUUCAAUGUGUGGUGCUUCUGUUUUAGAUUCAUGUCGCAUGUGGGUUUCACACAGCCAUAUUAUAACAUGUAUAUUUUAGACAAAGUUCUUGUCUUUGAAAGGCAUAUAGAAGUGAUACACUAAGGAAGAGAAUUAAUGGAUGUCAACUUCUUUAUCAUGAGGAACACAACGUUUCGGAAGUAUGCUUUCUCCUUUACGCCGCUUUUAGCAAUACUCCAGCAAUAUCACGGUGGGGCUCAUCUGAAAUGGUCUUCAGAAACGCGGGCCAAAGAAUGCUUGUAGAAUAUAGUUUUACAUUUUUCAAUGUGCUUCUUGUUUUUAUGAACGAAUUUCCUUACAUAAGCGUUCAUAGGAAGUAUUGUUGAAAAGCUUUCUGCUAUAAUUUGUUAAAAAUAUAUUUCUUUAUUUGAAUGUUAUAGUUUCGGUAUCAAGUUGUUAAAUAUUUAUUUUUAUAAUACGUUAAAAACAUUUUCAUCAGACUUUUGUGAUUUAUUGAAUGUCCAUGCUAUUAUAGUAUAUAACGCGUUGUUCAAUAUUUAAAUUGUUGAAUAAAAAACCUAAAAUAACAAGACGUAUUUUCUACCAAUUACAGGUAUAAGUUUUUCAAUGGAACAAACGCA